UACAGAAAUGGACCGGGGCAAAGAAGACCCGAUAAACAAAAAACGAGCUCUGAACUCUGAACUCUGAACUAUAGCUACUCUACCCAUUACAUUACACACUUAGCUCAACAACAACCAUAUUUCCAACGAAUUGAGUUAUUUCUAAUUAGCCUCCCAUCCAGUGAGGCACCGGAUUCCGUAGGAUAAAAUAGCUUGUCAAGAGUAGAGUUGCCUUGUGAAAUCUGUUUCUGUCUUCUGUCAAGUGCAUCAAAUAUAGCUGGUUAAGAUUCUCCACGCAGGUGCAUGACAAUGGUGAUCUCUUCUGUUCAUGCCACACUAUUUGCCAGGGCCUCUUUCUUUUGCCAAAGUAGUGGCCUAAGAAGCUUUAGAUCGUGUUUACCUUUCUCAUCUUCAGCUGCUUCUGUCUCCUCUCACAAUCUUUCACGGAAGAAAUGGAGGCAGCCAGUGUUGUCAGUGUUGGAUCUUGGCGGAGUCAAGAUAAGCAGAGAAGGUACUCUGGAUGUGGUGAGGGAUGAUCCGGCAAACAAUGUGCCAGACAAUAUAUUUUCAAAACUUGGAGUGCAGCUUCACCGGAGGGAUCAACACCCUCUUGGGAUACUGAAGAAUGCGAUAUACGAGUAUUUUGACACUAAUUAUUCAAAUAAGUUCAACAAGUUUGAUGAUCUUUGUCCUAUUGUUUCAGUGAAGCAGAAUUUCGAUGAUGUCUUGUUUCCUGAAGACCAUGUAAGUAGAAGCUAUAAUGAUACUUACUACAUAGAUCCUCAGACUGUUUUAAGGUGUCACACAAGUGCUCAUCAGGCAGAAUUAUUGAGAAGUGAAUACACCCAUUUCCUUGUUACAGGAGAUGUUUACCGUAGGGAUUCAAUUGAUUCAACUCAUUAUCCUGUCUUCCAUCAAAUGGAAGGCUUUCGGGUUUUUGUUCCAGAAGAAUGGGAGGGAUCUGGAAUGGAUGCCACAUUAUUUGCAGCAACAGACUUAAAGCAAUGCCUUGAGGGUCUAGCACGCCAUUUAUUUGGUGCUGUGGAAAUGCGCUGGGUGGAUACUUAUUUCCCAUUUACUAAUCCAUCAUUUGAACUUGAAAUUUAUUUCAAGGAAAAGUGGUUGGAAGUUUUGGGGUGUGGAGUGACAGAGCAAGAGAUUCUGAAGAGAAAUGGGAAACCUAAUAAGGUUGCUUGGGCUUUUGGCCUAGGGUUGGAGAGGUUAGCUAUGGUUCUAUUUGACAUACCUGAUAUUCGUCUCUUUUGGUCAAAUGAUGAGCGAUUUACCUCUCAGUUUUCCAAGGGUCAGUUGGGAGUCAAAUUUAAGCCAUUUUCAAAGUAUCCUCCUUGUUACAAGGACAUGAGUUUCUGGAUCAGUGAAUCAUUUACUGAAAACAAUCUGUGUGAAGUUGUUAGAGGAAUAGCCGGGGAUCUUGUAGAGGAGGUGCAAUUAAUAGACAACUUCACCAACAAGAAAGGAAUGACCAGCCACUGCUAUAGGAUUGCAUAUAGGUCUAUGGAACGUUCUCUCACUGAUGAGGAAAUAAACGAUCUGCAGUGGAAAGUAAGAGAACAGGUGCAGAGCAAAUUGAAUGUUGUCUUAAGAUGAACUAUAAAUGCUGAAAAUUUACAGCUUUGCUGUUUUCGAUCUCAAUUUUGUUAAUGUAUAGAUGUUUUGCCUCCCUUUAGCGACUGAACAGCGCUAUAGACAGAUCUAUUAUUUAAUUUUCACAUAGUGAAUAUACACUACAAUAUAUAACGAGCCAUGGCUAGCCCAACAGGAUUAUCUGUAUCAUCUAUUUUCCUCAAGAACAUAAUACUACCCUGUUUUGGUGAAAAAUUGUUUUAUUGUAAAAUUGUUGGACCCCUACACACGAAAUGGUAUGUUCCCAACGAUAAAAUUUGUGUUUGUGUUUCA